AUGACGGAUACAAAAGCGGCUUUAGAAAAGCCCUCCUCCCACCAAUUCGAAAACGCAAUGAUGGAAAAAUCUCCAUUCAGCGCAGAAUGCAAACAAAAUAUGACAGCCGCCGAUGCAGAAGGAUCCAGCCUCGGCCCAUCGGGCUUCGAGGACGUGGAUGAAGCUGCGGUUCUCCGAAAGAUGGAUAUUCGUUUGAUUCCUAUGCUGAGUUUGCUAUAUCUACUGGCAUUCUUGGACCGAGGUAAUAUCGGCAAUGCGAAGAUUGAGGGGCUUGUCGAUGACCUCCAUAUGACGGGGCCGCAGUACAAUUGGACUUUGACUGUCUUCUUUUUCACCUAUUGUGUGUUCGAACUGCCGAGUAACUUGCUUCUCAAGAAGCUGAGGCCGUCGAGAUGGCUGCCAUUGAUCAUGGUUGCUUGGGGAAUUGUCAUGACCUUGAUGGGAGUCGUCAACAAUUAUGGUGGACUCCUCGCCACUCGCCUGUUUCUGGGCGUUGCAGAGGCCGGUCUCUACCCCGGUGUUGCAUACUACAUUACCCUCUGGUACCCAAGACAUCGAGCCCAAUUUAGACAAGCUAUGUUCUUCAGUGCGGCGAGUGUGGCAGGUGCAUUUUCGGGGCUUCUUGCGUAUGCCAUUGCUAAAAUGGACGGUGUUGGUGGAUACGCUGGCUGGAGAUGGAUCUUCAUCCUCGAGGGCCUACUUACCGUGCUUGUGGCAUUUGUGGCUCCAUUUGCAAUUCAUGAUUCACCUGAAACUGCUACUUUCUUAACGGAGAAAGAGCGCCAGUUUGUUCUUCACAGUUUACGGAUUCAAAACACUUCUGAUUCGCACGAGAUGGUUGCAAAGGAUGACAAGUUCCAAUGGCGCUACGUCUAUGAUGCUUUCGCAGACUGGCAGAUCUGGUUGGGCUUGUUCAUGUACUGGGGUAUCACAUGUCCGUUAUAUGGCAUUUCCCUUUUUCUGCCGUCUAUCAUCAAGGACCUAGGCUAUAAUUCGUCAACUGCGCAGCUUCUUACUGUACCAAUCUACAUCACGGCGGCGAUCGUAGCGGUCAUUGCAGCCUGGGUUUCAGAUCGACGCAAGCAACGAUCUCCAUUCAUUCUGUUCUUCAUGGGCAUGAUCGCCAUCGGCUUUAUCAUAUGUCUCGCAUCUACUGGGCGUGGCGUGCCCGGCGUGAUGUACUUCGGAAUUUUCGUAGCAGUAGUGGGCAUCUACCCUGCUUUCCCUGGAAAUGUCACUUGGCUCAGUGUCAACAUGGCGGGAGAUUAUAAACGCGCUGCUGGAAUGGCUAUUUAUAUUGGACUCGGUAAUUUGGCCGGAGCCAUGUCGUCGAAUUUUUACCGUGCUCAAGAUGCACCGAAUUACAUUCUUGGUCAUUCUCUCGAGCUGGCGUUCGUUGUUGUCGGCAUGAUUGCGGCUGUUAUCUUGCGUCUGGCAUACCAGCGAAUUAACAAGAAGCGUGAUGCCAUGGAUCCUUCAGAGUAUCCAGCGGAUCCCGAUUCGCUGGGCGAUCGCUCGCCUCUCUUCAGAUAUAUGCUGUGA